CGACGCUUCGCUGCUCGUCCCAUAUCCUGGCCUACUGCUCCGCCCAAUAGAUCCACGUUCAUUCUGCGUCGGAAGCCCUUUCUGUUCAGGCUGACUGGACGAUGUCGUCCUCCGCUGCUGCGGUCGCACCUGCGGCGGCAGCAACUUCCGCUAAUACUGCCGCUGCCGCUGCCGCUACAUCGGCCGAUACUCAACCGGAAACGCCGACACAGACUUCAGUCCCGACAUCUUCAACAUCGGAAUCACCCACAACCCAAGUGCCAACGACUACCGAAUCUUCGACAUCAUCUUAUACCUCUUCAACAUCAUCAUCUUCGACGACCACAACAGCCCCGGCGGAACCUACGACGACGAGCACCUCAUCGCAAACAACAUCAACAUCAACAUCGACAACGUCAACCUCAUCCUCAUCGUCAACGACAACAGAUCCCGUUCCUACCAGCACUUCUGCGUCAGAAACUAGCCGCACCGUCGAUGUCGUCACAACUGUCGUAACACAAACACCUACCAAUGGCUCUACGGGAGUAGAAACCCUCACUAUAACCUCGACGGACACAUCGAUUCCAACAGCCACUGCGGGGACGGCGGCGGACGGGGCUUCUAUCACUGGAAGCGGCUCAUCGGCUACAGGGACUUCGAAGAGUACCAGCAGCGGUAGCUCUUCCGGACUUUCAGCAGCUGGCACGAUAGCAGUCGCAGUAGUUGUGCCUGUCGCAUCUGUGGCUCUUAUCGUCUUGGCUGCCCUCUAUUUUUGGAGGAAAUGGAAAGCGAAGAAGGCGGCAGAGGAGGAAAGAAGAAAAGAGGUAGAGGAAUAUGGCUUUAACCCGAAUAACGAUCCAUCCCUUCCACCUAUCAUGGGCGGAAGUGCUUUUGAGCCCAAGGAUGAUACCUCCGGGUAUCGCGGGUGGGGUACCACGUCAGCAGGCCGGAAAGCAUCGACCAAUCUUUCGAGUAGCGCUGGGGUCGGGCUAGCUAUGUCUGAGGCCGGAAGCGCGCCUGGGUAUCACCAUGCCACUACUCCGAGUGACGGGACUAUUCAGUACUCUGAGGGCCAGGGUACGUUAGGCGAGACUGAACCGAUCGGGGUCCUUGGUGCUGCUCCAGCAGCCGCGACAAACACUCGGAAUGUCGAUAUUCAUCGUGGUCCAUCAAAUGCCUCAUCUGCAUACUCUGCAGCCAACCGAUCGGAGGCCUCGGACGAAAGCCAUAUGUCUGCCACACACCCUGCCGGUGGCUUUUAUGACGAUAAUCCAUAUUAUAGCGAUAUUCAACCGCAGUAUGGGGCUUAUGGCGACGGUCCGUACGGCGGUGCCCCCCCGGUCAUUCGGGAUGUUCAAGCACGGCGUAACACGCGGAUUGAAAAUCCCGCUGUGUUUCCCCGGCAAGGAAAUGCCGGUAUUGCCCAGAAUUUCUAGGUUCAGACAUUGUACCUUUUCUUCCUCACCUGGCUACACACCUUUCCAGCCUGUAUAAGGUGCUUCUCAACCUCAUGCGGUCCUGACAAGUGGGUUGAGUUUUAUGCCAAGAAAAUGGGGGAUCAAGAAUCAAGCAUCGCCUUGUCUCUUUGCCCAAAUGAAAUUUUUUUUAUCGAAGAUGCCAUUUCUCUCAACCUACAAGGGACUGCAUCAAUAUUCGAAAUCACAGAUUCCUGCGAUCUUGCAAAGGUCGCCAAGGUAUCAUCAUCAGGCUGGCUUGUCUUGCCUUCUUCUAUCUUUCAAUUAUAUUUUUACACUCUUUCUG